AUGAGAGCAAGGCAGCUGAUCUGUGGAAUUUGGAGCCUGUGUUUCAUGUUUUGUCUUUUCUGCAUUUUUCUUCACCAUACAACAGCUAAAAGAAAACUGAAGUUUGUGUCCCUAGUAUUUCGCCAUGGUGAUCACACCCCACAGGAGUUUUUUCCAACUGAUAAGCACAAAGAAAUUGCAAGACAACAGGGAUAUGGCCAACUUACAAAGCUUGGCACACAACAGCAGUAUGAGCUUGGCCAGUACAUGCGGAGGAGAUACUCUCAUUUCCUGAGCGUUGUAUACAAGCAGUGUGAGAUUUAUGUUCAAAGCACUGACUGUGAUCAUACACUUAUGAGUGCUCAGGCAAGUCUUGCUGGACUUUACCCACCAACACAGGGUCAGAUUUGGAACCCCAGAAUCCUUUGGCAGCCAAUUCCAGUUCAUACAGUGCCACUGUCACAAGACAAUUUGCUAUACCUACCUUUCUCACACUGCCCGAAACACAAGGAGCUUCUGAGAGAAACCUUUGCAACAAGGGAUUUCCAAAGGCAAUUCAAGCACUAUAAGCAAUUUCUAAAGUUUUUAGCCACUCAUACAGGAUACCCAUUGAAGAAGUUGACUACUGAAAGGAUUUGGAAGCUCUCUGACACUUUACAAUAUGAGGAUACCAACAAUUACACUUUACCUGUUUGGGCUACUCAUGGUGUCAGGACCAAGCUGAUAAAACUGUCAGAAUUGUUAUUGCAGGCAGAAUUUGGGUUCCACAAACAAAUGCAAAAAUCACGUUUGCAGGGAGGUACUCUUUUAAAAACUAUUGUAAAGCAUAUCUUAGAUGCUAGAAAGCCUUCAUACCAUCAAAAAAUGGUUAUGUAUUCCACGCAUGCAGCAACCAUUGCUGCCUUACAGAUGGCACUCAAUGUCUUCAAUGGAAAAUUGCCUCCUCAUAGUGCCUGUCAUUUUUUUGAACUUUACCAGGAAAAAAAUGGGCAAUACACCAUAGAGAUGUACUACAGGAAUAAUUCUGUGAGGGAGCCUCACCCCCUCACUCUCCCUGGCUGCAAAUUUCGCUGUCCCCUGGAGAGAUUCACUCAUCUGGUCUCUCCCAUCCUUGUACACUAUUGGACAAGAGAAUGUAGAAUGUAGGACAUCAAAGGAGGUGUUCCUCCACUAUCUUCAGCGUGGUUCAUUUUACAAAAGAACUCUUAAGCCACUGUGAUAUGACUGGGGUCCAAC